AUGGACACCUCAGUAGCCACCCCCAUGCCCGGGCCCGGGCCCUGCCCCCGGCACUUCUUGAAAGGAACUUGGCUCAACUCCCUGGCCUCCUUCCUGCGCACCCAGACUCAGCAGAUGCUCUUCAGCAGUUGCAGGUCCCGACAGCUCUGCCAGAAGUUCAUGGAAAAAUCAGGAUUCCUGUUUUUCUGCACAAUCGGAUUCUGGAUUCUCUCUAUGCACCUACCGUCCAAAAUGGAAGUCUGGCAGGAUGACAGCAUAAACAGUCCAUUGAAGAGCUUGAGGAUGUACCAGGAGAAGGUGCGACGGCAUGCCGGGGAAAUCCAGGAUCUCCGAGGUAACAUGAGCUUGCUCAUUAUCAGACUCCAGAUGAUGGAAGCCCUGUCAGAUGAGCACAAAAUGGCUCAGAGAAUAAUGAAGCUGAUCCAAGGCGAUUACAUCGAGAAGCCAGACUUCGCCCUCAAGUCUAUCGGGGCCAGCAUCGACUUUGAGCAGACGUCCGCCACGUACAACUACAACAAGGCUCGCUCCUACUGGAACUGGAUCCGUCUGUGGAACUAUGCGCAGCCCCCCGACGUGAUCCUCGAGCCCAAUGUGACCCCAGGCAAUUGCUGGGCCUUCUCCGGUGACCGCGGCCAGGUGACCAUUCGCAUGGCCCAGAAGGUCUUCCUGUCCAAUGUGACGCUACAGCACAUCCCCAAGACCAUCUCCCUAUCGGGCAGCCUGGACACCGCCCCCAAGGACUUCGUGAUCUACGGCUUGGAAGGCUCCCUCAAAGAAGAGGUGUUCCUGGGGGCAUUCCAGUUUCAGCCUGAAAAUAUCAUUCAGACGUUUCCGCUCCAGAACCAGCCUCUCCGGGCAUUCGGGGCGGUGAAGGUGAAGAUCUCGAGCAACUGGGGGAGCCCCCACUUCACCUGCCUAUACCGUGUGCGCGUGCACGGCUCCGUGACCGCCCCCAAGGAGCAGCCCCCCCAAGACCCCCUCCCCCAGAAAAAUUAA